AUGUGGCGAGGCAUCGAUGUCCUCUUGAGUAUAAAUCGGAAAAAGCCCGAAAACGACUACGCGCUCUUCAUCACAGCACCGGAAGAAGAGGCGCAGAUUCUUUCUGAGGUCUCUUUGGUGCCAAUCGCCGCAAUGUGUCAGUUACAUCAUAAAAUCGUUGUUCGACAAGUCGAUUCGCUAAAGGCUCUAAAAUUUUCGGAAUCAGGUGAAAUGUAA